AUUUGCACUUUUUGCCCAAAUUGAAUUAACCAAUUAGUCCCCCCUCCCCGAUUAUCAGAAAAAAGUUAACCAAUUAGAAUCUGUAAUCACCAGCUUCGGUGUUUUUCUCCCGACUUUUCAUCGGAAUAAAUAUACUUCCGUUCGCUUCGGAGGCUAUUCUGUCUUCCGUAAAGCACAAUGGCAAAGCCCAUGGCCGAUACUCACAGCAACAGAGCAGCAGUUCAAGCUACAAACGACGACGCUUCAGCCAGUAAAUUGUCCUGUGUUAAAAAGGGAUACAUGAAGGAUGACUAUGUUCAUUUAUUCGUGAGAAGACCUGUGAGGAGAUCGCCGAUAAUCAACCGCGGCUAUUUUGCUCGUUGGGCGGCUCUUCGCAAGCUUAUGAAUCAGUUUCUUGAUUGUAAAACGGAUGGUGAAGAUAACGGGCGUACAAAGAAGCAGAUACUGUCGAUUGGAGCUGGGUUUGAUACAACUUACUUUCAGUUACAGGAUGAGGGAAAAGCACCAUCUCUAUAUGUGGAGCUGGAUUUCAAGGAGGUAACUAGUAAAAAGGCAGCAAUUAUUGAAUCCAGUCAAUUGAGAGGCAAACUUGGUGCUUCAGCAUCAAUCUCGCAAGAGAAAGGAGAAGUUCACAGUGAUCACUACAAGCUACUGCCAGUUGAUUUGCGUGAUAUCCAAAAACUAGAUGAGAUCAUAGCUUUGGCUAAUAUUGAUCCCAGCUUGCCAACAUUUAUAAUUGCAGAGUGCGUCUUGAUAUACUUAGAUCCAGAAUCAACUCGUGCUAUAGUUGGUUGGACAUCAAGGACAUUUUCAACUGCUUUAUUUUUCUUAUAUGAACAGAUCCAUCCCGAUGAUGCUUUUGGGCAACAAAUGAUUAGGAAUUUGGAGAGUCGUGGCUGUGCACUACUUGGGAUUUAUGCGACACCUACUUUACUUGCAAAGGAAAAACUUUUCCUAGAUCAAGGAUGGCAGAGGGCUGUUGCUUGGGACAUGCUGAGAGUUUAUACCGAUUUUAUUGAAGCUCAAGAAAGGCGCAGGAUCGAAAGGCUGGAACUAUUUGAUGAGUUUGAAGAGUGGCAUAUGAUGCAGGAGCACUACUGCGUGACUUGUGCAAUAAACGACGCCAUGGGGCUGUUUGUGAAUUUCGGUUUUCCUACCCAUCAGCAGGACGUGACGAGCAGCCCUUCCGGCCCGGCAGCAUCUACAUGAGGCCUAAAAACAAACCACCGGUCAUGAAUGCUCUUAUCCAGUUUGGUGAAACAAAUAGUAUGAGAAUAGCGCAUUCGAACAGUACGGCCCAGUUAACCAGGUAAAAAAAUGUCUCUCAACUCAACAGACACAGUUGGUUUUUAGCUAUUAGUCUUCUUCUGUACAUGGAUUGAUGACUUGUGUGGAUAAAUCUCUGUGCAUUAUUUGUCCGGCUCUAGAAGAGCACAUCCUUUAAUUUCUUCAUGCUAGCUGUUUACCAAAACAAUUGGUGGGUGGGUCCCUACAGCACCGCACUGUGUCAUACAAAUGGCUCUGGGGUCCAUUGUCAUGUGCAAAUUAUAUGUGCAUGGAUGGUUUGCCUUUUCAUUUUAAUAUACUUUUUAAAACUGAUGAUUUGCCUAUUAAUGUACUGUAUUCUCACACUAUUUUGCUUUUAAUUUUCUCCUCCACUCAUCUUUUUGCU